ACACCUGAAGGCACAGACCUGUCCUCUCCUUCCUCACCUGUCAGGUGGGUCAUCAUGAGCCGGUGGCGUCAAUCAGUGGAUGAGCUGGCAGCGCGGCACCGGCAGCAGGUGGAGUGUCAGCGCGCUCAGGAGGCUCUCAGUCGGGUCACCUCCUGCUUCCAGCAGCUGGUGGCAUCGCUCGGCAGCUCGGCGGACUGUAGCUUUCUGCGAGACGAGAUGGACGAGACGAGGAUGCUCGCUCACCGGAUCUGCAAUGGUUUGUCGAAGCGCCUGGUGCGUCUGUUGUCAGGCAGUGACUCCAUCCCCUCAGGUGCAGAGGACAGACAGGUGUCAGAACGUCUGUGGGUUCUCUUACUGUCAGUGUUGGAGAACUUCCUGUCUGACCUCCGUAAGGCGAGGGAUCUGAUUGGACAGUUCCCUCUGACUCAGCGCUACGACAGGCGCUCAUUGGUUAACACAGGAUGUAUGGAUGGAGUGGUAGGCGUGGCAGCCCGAGUGGCUUUAGUCCAGGUGCCAUGGCUCAGCUUGGAGGAGGAGCCAUGUCCUGAUCUAACCAAUCACAUCGUAGGACUGGAGGCAAUGCUGAGCGAUAUGCAGCUGAGGGUUCCCGUGGCCUUCUGGUCGGUGGAAGCGACGCAACCGCCCUGGGCGGAAGCUCGUGGUGAACUGGACGAGCCAGACGACACCCUGGAGGACAUGAUGGUGGUCGAGGCUGUCUCCUACAACAAGAUGGUCGCCUGUUGCCAGCCGCCGUGCUGCGGACUGGGUUGUGUCGGGUAGAGGAUAUCAGUGGUUUAAAAUUAGUUUUCACAGAAAUCAUCAUGUAAUAUAAUGGAGUCAAACAGGAAAGUAUGAGGAUAUUUUAUCGUUUCACGAUAAUUAUUUUACAAAAGUUUCGGCCACAAGUCAGAAGUUAUUUGAAAAGAAAAGUAAAACAUCAAGAUAAAGGGAUCAUUUUAUAAGUUGUAAUCAUUUUUAUGAAGAACUCCUUUAAGAGCUCUGCUAAUAGCAGCACCUGAAUCAACAGGAAGGCCAUAACACGAUUAGAGAUCGCAACGUGAUUGGUUGUACAGUAGAUUCGUAUUUCCAUUUCUUUUAACGAAAGAAGAGAGGUACCUACGUUGACAUUACAAAGGUGUAGUGAUUAUUUGUUUUUGAAACCAAUAUAUUCUUAAUUUUGAUAUGUCAUUAAAAAAAGUUGUCGAUUGAUGUUCAGUCGGCACAGGUCAUAGGUGGUUCUAGCUGCUGCAGCUUGAGAACUGUUCCAUCUGACUGCAGUCGUUUUCCUGUCAUUUGACUUGAUGUUCAACAGCGCCAGAUGGUCGCACAUUUCUAUCCAGCAUCUCUGUGCAGGACUGUCUUCGCUUGAUGUACGCUGAGUCCAACUAAUAUACUGUAUUUAUAAAGAAAUUAAGUGAUUUAUAAAAUGUAAUAU